AUAGCCUUGGCGGCGGGAGCAGUGUUACUGAGUUUAAUUACUAAUCGCCGAAAGGGUCCAGUCGUCCGGCCAAAAGAAAGAAGCAAGGGUUCCGAUCGAGACAAGAGGCGCAAACAUGGCGGCACUGCCCAAAGCCAAGGAGAUCGUUUCAUCGAAUCCCGUCGUCGUUUUUAGUAAAUCGUAUUGUCCAUUCUGCGUUGAUGUGAAGAAGCUUUUGACUAAACUGGGAGCCAAUUACAAGGUCAUUGAGCUCGAUUCUGAAAGUGAUGGAAGUGAGAUUCAAUCUGCAUUAGCUGAGUGGACAGGUCAACGAACAGUGCCAAAUGUGUUUAUUGGAGGAAACCACAUCGGUGGCUGUGAUUCCACAACUGCAUUGCACAAUCAAGGGAAGUUGGUAUCGUUGCUAACUUCGGCUGGGGCUCUUGCUGCUGCUUCUUCUACUUGAAAGGAGCAACAUAGCUAUUAUGUAGCUGAUCAGUUAACUUGUAUAAUAAAGAACAGGCUCCACUGUCUGGUGCUUUGGGUUACAUAUAACAGCUGUGUGGUACUUUGGGUUUUAUAUAACUCUUGAAACUCUGGUACUUUGGGUUUCAUAUAACUCUUGAAACUCUAGACUUUACUUUAUUAUUGUA